AUGAAAUCGUUUUCGCGAAGUUCUAACAUCUUUAUAUUCAGAUUUCCAAACGGCCAACAAGUUCAAAUCAAACGUUUGGAAUAUGAAUCUGGAGAUAGGCGGUUCCAACAGUACCCUCUCCGUUUGGCUUAUGCCCAUACAAUCGAGAGAGCACAGGGAGCCACUUUCGAUGGAAUCAUGCUUGUCAGAAACCACACCUGGAACCCAGAAAAAAUUUGUAGUUGA